UCUUCCUCCACUUCCGUUCCUCUCUCCGAAAAGGCUCUCUGGUUCAUCGAAUUGCCUGAAUCAAAGGAUUACUGAUUAGUAACCACUGCUGGAAUCCUCCGGAGAAGGCGUGAUUUGGGCGGCGAAAUAGGUUAAAGAUGCCACACAGAACCCGGCCUAUGACUGCUCUCUUAGUGUUUAUGGGAGUGAAUGUUGUUUUGGUAUCAACAAUUACUCCAGUGUAUGAUUUCGUUUGCUUCCUUCCAUACUGGGAAAGAAGGAGAGAACAUCUUCGAAAGGAACGUGAAGCUGCUUUAACAAAGGGGCCCUGAAUCUGCCUAAAGUAUUUUCUGACGCAAACUUUUCAAAUCACUGAUUUAUGUGCCUCAUUGUUGUGUUGUAAGGUUGUAAUAUCUAUUUUCCUGGAAGGGGAAAAUAGAACUGGAAGAUGUGUUUCUUGUAGCAAUUGCUGAUGAAUUGGUAGACGGUGUGGUGCUGGAUGUGUGAGUCGUGACAGGUAGGCUUUAUCUGUUGGAGAGUCUACUUAAGUAUACCUUAUGACACUAAAAAUCAAAUUUGAGAGUGGAAAAACUAGAACUUGUAGAGGUAAAACCCUAUGUAUUUCAAAGCUGGUAGGAGAAGUAUGUGAAAACUGAAUAGCUGUUCAAUUUUUUUCUACCUUCCUAACCCCUCCACCCUUCUUGGGGAUGAUGAAAAUAUGAGAUCAAAUUUUUUGUGUAAAAAUAAAUAUUAAAGAUAUUUGCCAAUAAUAAGGAUGAAGUUUGAUGAUCA